AUGCUCCCCAUCACACGGUCAUGUGUGAGGCAUUUCACUACGCUAAGCAAAACGCUUACAAAUUCCCCCGGUAGAAUUGUAAGAAAUGGUUCAUUUAGAAGGAUAAAUCGUGAAACGAAUUUAAGGAUAAAUACGCCACCUCUAUAUACAUUUAGUGGUAGUAGUAAUAACGAUACGAUAAAGGUACAUGACCCCAUAGCUACCACGAUUUUAAAUGAGCCCACUGUCAUCAUUGAAAGACAGAUUGAAUUUAUGAAUGUCUUCUUAGGAUUCGAGCAAGCCAAUAAAUAUGCCAUUUUGGAUGUAAAUGGGAACAAAAUUGCUUCAAUGAUGGAGAGAGAUUUCUCAAUAACGAAGGCUAUAAUGAGGCAGUUCUAUCGUCUACAUAGACCGUUCUUAGUGGACGUCUUCGAUAAUUGGGGGAACGUCAUAAUGACAAUCAAAAGGCCCUUUUCAUUUAUCAACUCUCAUAUCAAAACUAUCGUCCCACCAUCUGCGUAUGUUGAUAAUGGUAGUGGCACCACACAGUAUCACGAUGGCAAAGAUGGAACAGUGGUGGGGGAGACCAUCCAGAAUUGGCAUCUUUGGAGGCGCCGUUAUGAAUUAUUCCAGAAAGACGGGGCAGAGGGUUCUUCGUUUGACCAGUUUGGUAAGAUAGAUGCGCCAUUUUUAUCAUUCGAUUUCCCUGUGUUAGAUGCCAAUGGUAAGAUAAUGGCCAGUGUAGAUAGAAACUGGGUUGGGCUAGGUAGAGAAAUGUUCACGGAUACAGGUGUGUACGUUGUUAGAUUUGACUCGCAAAGAUGUUUCAAGGACAUCUAUCACGAUGAAAUGUUAAGUGAUCAAGUGCUGAGUUUGGAUCAAAGAGCAGUUUUAUUAGCAAACGCCGUCUCCAUUGAUUUCGAUUAUUUUUCAAGACAUUCCAGGCAGUCAGGAGGAUUUCUUCCAUUUGGUGGCGGUUACGACGAGUAG